AUGAUUGAGCAGCCACAUGAAGCAUCUAAUUCGAUCUUGGACUUUGAUUUUCCAAAUUUUCCGCCAGCUGCAGUCAAUGUUUUUCCAAACUUAUUUUCUAGUGUACAAUGUCCUGAUGGAAGCGUGGCUAUGAUGGGAGGGAGAAUAGAUUCAGCCUGGCAAUGGAACAUCCCUAUUAGGGAAGGUGUGGUUAAUGUCCCUAUACAACAAGAAUUGGAGGAACUUCAAACUAUUCUAAGGGAAGUGGAACCGAAAGCUGAUGUAAAUGAUAUGUUUGUCUGGUCCUUGAAUGGGUGUGAAGGAUAUGAGGUGAAAAAGUAUUAUUUGAAGCUACAAGAAUUGGGAGAUGAAAAUAGCCAAAUUCUGUUGGAGGAAAAUAGGUCAGCCAUCCAAUUAAUUUGGAAUGCUUGGAUGCCAUCAAAGGUUAAGUUAUUUGCGUGGAGGAUGCUUAAAGAUAGAAUUCCAACUCGUAUGCAACUUCUACACAGAAACAUUAUAGAAGAAAAUGAAGACUGUUGUUGUGUGCUAGGUUGUCCAGUAAUAGAAGAUGUUCAACACCUCUUUUUGGAUUGUGGUAAAAUGAGGACAGUUUGGAUAAACAUUUAUCAGUGGCUGGGAAUUCAUGUGGAUUUUAUUGUGGAUUGUGGGAACCAUCUAUUGAAGUUCGUGGAGAAGCUGAAACGAUUUUGUCCGGUGAAGAGAGCGGCAUCACUAUGGGCAGCAGUAUGUUGGUGUGCCUGGAAACAUAGAAAUGCAAUCUUAUUCGAAAAUGCAAUGGACGACUUGGAGGACCUUGUACACAAAGUGAAGAUGUACUCAUGGUUGUGGAUGGCAAUAGGUAGUAGAAAAAGGGUAAUAUGUUCAUUUUAUGACUGGUACAACUAUCCUUUAAUAUCUAUGUUUGUGUAA